GCCGUGGCGGCGCCCGGUGGAGAUUCUGGCGGCUUCUGGAGCGGGACAUCGGGGGAAGGAGAGCACCGGGCAUGGGGGACACGGAGGUUCAUUUGUGUGGAAUUUUAUGGAGAGCUGGACUGCACAGGCAGUGGUGAGGGGAGGACUUACUAAUGGCUGGCCAAGACACAAGCCGGAGAGAAGGGGAGAACCCCCACGAUCGAGGUGUUCCGCAUGUCUGGACGGCACGCGGCAACAUUGGGAUCCCCGAGCAGCUGCCUGGCCUUGGUGGCAAAGUGGUGCUGCAGGUUGCCCUGGGAACAGAACACUGCGUGCUCCUGACAGAAGGUGGUGAUGUCUACAGCUUUGGACGCUUUCCGUGGCGACCAGAAUGUGAGGCCAAUCGAUUGGCGGUCCCCACUCUGGAGCAGGCCUUAGCUGGCUUGAAUGUGGUUAGUGUGGCGGCCGGAAGCCAUCACAGCGGAGCGGUAACCCAGGAUGGAACUGUGUACAUGUGGGGAGAGAACUCGUCCUGCCAGUGCGCAGUCCAGGGUCAGAGCCAGGUCCCAAUGCCCACCCUGGUCACAAUCUCCGACCCCGAGACCAGCCCCCCUGAGCUGGCCAAGACGGUGCAGCUGGCCUGCGGGGAACAGCACACCCUGGCCUUGUCGACGAGGCAAGAGGUUUGGGCCUGGGGCAGCGGCUGCCAGCUCGGACUCGUCACGACCGCUUUCCCCGUGGCAAGGCCUCAGAAGCUGGAGCACCUCGCCGGCCGGGCAGUGAUGCAAAUCGCUUGCGGCGCCCACCACAGCCUGGCCCUGGUCCGGAAGCCCUGGCCCCACGAGAAGAGGCAGAACUCGGAGAAGUGCCACCACUGCCACCAGCUGCUGCUGACCAUGAUGGACAAGGAAGACCACGUGAUCAUCUCGGACAGUCACUACUGCCCGCUGGGCAUGGCACUGACCAACUCUGAGCACAAGCACCCUGCGCCGAAGCCCGACCACCACCCUGGCGAGCAGCUUCCUCCCGACCGAGGCACAGACGCAGGAAGCUCUGAGCUUCCCCAGCCGGCGCAGCCCCAGCGCUUGCUGGACAAGGCCAAGGAAAUGGAACUGGCACAGCCUCCCGAUAACCCCGAGGACGGCGAGACUCCCAGCCCCCAGCAGGCACAAGGUGGAGUGGCAAACGCCAUGAAAGCCAGGAGCUCCCACUACCCCGAUGAGGAGGCGGUGAAGGCGUACCUCAGAAAGCUGUCCGACAACUCCCAGUCCGACCCUUCCGUGAAAAACCCGCACCCUCCAAACCCCCCGCCCUUACCGGCGUCCAAGGGCGCCCAACCCCCCAGCCCUUCCUCUGCAGCCCCUUCAACGUUCAACAACCUGGUGGUCUCCUGCGCCUCAGUGGUUGGGGAGAGAGUGGCCGCCACUUACGAAGCCCUUUCGCUCAGGAAGGUCGUGAAUUACUACUACCCGUCUCCGGGCACAGUUGCCACUUGCGCCGGCAGCUCAGCCAGCGGUGGAAUCCAGCACAAGGAGACCAGGGAGGAGCUGGUGAAAAUGGAGGAGUGCAUGCUCGACAAAAAGAGCUUCAGCCUGGGGGAUAUCCGGGAGCAAGGCUCAGAGGGCAUGUGCCGUCGACUGUCUCUGCCAGGUCUUCUGUCUCAAGUUUCCCCGAGGCUCCUCAGGAAAGCUGGACGUACAAGAAUCCGAUCGGUGAGCCUGACCCCCACGCCUGGCAGUGAGGCAGACGCACACCUUCCUUCCUUACAGACAGAGUUAUGGAGCUGGGGACGAGGCAAAGAGGGCCAGCUGGGCCAUGGAGAUGUCCUUCCCAGGCUUCACCCCCUGUGCAUCAAGAGUCUGAGCAGCAAGGAAGUGGUCCAGGUGGUGGCUGGUGCCUAUCACUCGUUGGCCUUAACUGCCAGGUCACAGGUGUAUUCAUGGGGCAAUAAUACCCAUGGGCAACUUGGCCACACAGAGUCACCCACCGUCAUGCCUCGCCUCAUCAAGAUUCCCGAGGAUGUCCGUGUGUGGGAUAUGGCAGCAGGACAAGGACAUUCCCUAUUUUUGGCCGACGGGGAAUCCUUACAGCCCAAUGUCUAUUACAGUGGACAACAGAUGUUGCAAGAGGCCAGGAACACUGACCGUGGUCAUUCCUGCAUCCAGCAACCAGUGCUUCAGUCAGACUGUAGUAAGCUUGGCUACAUAAACAGCCUAUUUGCAGGUGGACAGAUGUGUCUGGCACUGUCAGACAAGAACGUAAUGGGCUAUAUUGCCAGCUUACACGAACUAGCAUCAUCAGAGAGGAGAUUCCACUGCAAGCUGAGUGAUGUGAAAAAUCAGAUACUCAAACCUCUGCUGGGUUUAGACAACCUGGCUUCCAUUUUGGGUUCGACGUUGAGCCAGUUACUACAAGACACAGCCAGCAAAUUUAGCAAACUUUGCUACCUGAUCGGACAGCACAGCGUCACCUUGAAUAAGUUCCUUCACAGUUCAAAGGAUGUCAAGACACUCGUGAUGUUGGAGCACUCGAACAUCUUCCUGGACACAUUCAAAGAGUACUCCAGCUCAGUGGGGAAUUUUUUGGUGGUUGGUGGUUUUCAAGCAUUGGCCAAGCCAACGGUGGAACUCUUCAACAGAAACCUGCAAACCCUCCAGCAGUUGUCCGAAGUGACCGAUGAGAGUAUCCAUGCUGCUGACCUCUUGCACACCCUCUUCUACAUGCCCAUCAGACACUUGCACGAAUAUGCCCGUGUGCUGCUCAAACUUGCAACCUGUUUCGAGGUGGUCUCCAAGGAGUACUACAAACUGCAGGAAGUCAGCUGUCAGUGUGAAGCCCUUGGCCUGUAUCUGAAGAAAAAGCGCAAAGAAGCAGAAUGCACCUACAACUUUUGGAAAACAUUCCCAGGGAAAAUGACGGCUUUUCUGACGAGACAUUUUUCUACUGAUUCCCUGAGGAAGCCGGAACGCCGUCUCAUAUGUGAGAGCAGCAACCGGGGCCUGACACUGCAACACGCUGGCAGAUUCUCCAUUAACUGGUUUAUCCUCUUCAAUGACGCACUAGUCCACGCUCAGUUUUCGACACAUCACAUAUUUCCCCUCAUGACACUUUGGGUAGAGCCUCACUUUGAAGAAAGCAGCAGUCCGAAUGCCCUGAAAAUAACCACAGCUGAAGAACAGUUCAUCCUCACUGCGGCAUCACCUCAGGAGAAGACGAGGUGGUUAAGAGCGAUUAACCAGGCUGUGGAUCAGGCACUGAGUGGCGCCCAAGAUUACCUGGCCCCUGGACUGGGGAGCAGCAUGAGAGCAGAACCCCCCAUCUCGCGCACAGCCAGUUACACCUUCUACAAGGACCCACGGCUGAAGGAGGCAACUUACGAAGGUCGCUGGUUGGCUGGGAAACCACAUGGCAAGGGCGUGCUGCAGUGGCCUGAUGGGAGAAUGUACACUGGUGACUUCAGAAAUGGUUUAGAGGAUGGGUAUGGCGAGUACAUCAUACCCAUCAAAGCUCUGAAGAAGAAUGAUCAUUAUCAGGGCCACUGGAAAGACGGCAAGAUGCAUGGCCAUGGGAUCUAUAAAUAUGCCACUGGAGAGGUGUACGAGGGCUGUUUCCAAGACAACAUGCGCCACGGUCACGGUUUACUCCGCAGUGGCAAGCUGACCUCAUCCUGCCCCAGCAUGUUCAUCGGGCAGUGGGCACAGGACAAAAAAACGGGCUACGGCAUGUUUGACGAUAUCACCAGGAUGUCUGCUGUCAUAUGUCCUCCCCCCACCAGGAGGGUGGGAUGGUCCUGGCCAUGGACAUCCCAGGCACCAUCAUCAGCAGCAGCAGGGCACCUCAUUGACCAGCCAGCGGGAGGCACAGGAGGUGAGAAGUACAUGGGCAUGUGGUUGGAUGACGCUCGCCAUGGCAACGGAGUCGUGGUCACUCAGUUUGGCCUGUACUACGAGGGUGCCUUCAGCAACAAUAAAAUGGCGGGCUAUGGUAUCCUGCUGUCCGAGGAUGACACCAGCUAUGAAGGAGAGUUCUCCGAUGACUGGACCUUAACCGGAAAGGGAGUCCUAACCAUGCAAAAUGGUGACUACUUUGAGGGAACUUUCAGCGGAGAGUGGGGAGCAGGGAUUAAAGUUGCCGGAACAUACUUCAAACCUAAUUUGUACGAGUCCGACAGGGAGAAAUCCCACGUGUUGAAGUUGGGCAAACUAGCAGUGCACCCUGAUGAGAAAUGGAAGGCCGUGUUUGACCAGUGUUGGAGUCAGCUUGGCUGUGAAGCUGCUGGGCAGGGUGAUGUCCAGAAGGCCUGGGAUAACAUUGCAGUCUGUCUCACCACCAGCAGGCGACAGCACAAGGACAGCCCUGAUUUCAGGAGUCGAUCUCACGCACAGACGUUGGAGAGUUUGGAAGUCAUCCCUCAGAUCGGUGGCCCCAUCACCUUGGAUAAAUACGAGACCAUCAGGAGAUAUUUAAUGAAGGCAUGUGACACCCCUCUACACCCACUGGGGAACCUGCUGGAGACGCUGGUGGCCGUGUACAGAAUGACCUACGUGGGAGUGGGUGCAAACCGCCGAUUACUGCAGCAGGCCGUCAAUGAAAUCAAGUCCUACCUAACUCGCAUCUUCCAGCUGGUCAGAUUUCUCUUUCCGGACCUCCCAGACGGGGACAGUCUAAUCCCAGGAACACACAGCGGCAAAGAGGGUGACAAUGAAGAUGGGGACUUUGCUGAGCAUGGCGUCCCAGUGAUUACAAGCUGUGGCCUCCUCCUUCCAGUGCUGUUGCCACGGCUCUACCCACCCCUCUUCACGCUCUACGCCCUGGACAAUGAGCGGGAGGAAGACGUUUACUGGGAGUGUGUGCUCCGACUCAACAAGCAGCCCGAUCUAUCCCUACUCAGCUUCCUGGGAGUGCAACAGAAGUUUUGGCCAGUCACUGUCUCCAUACUUGGCGAGAAGAAAGAGGUACAGUCCGUCACAAAGGAGGUCUGCUACGCUUCUGCCAUCGAAAGUUUACAGCAGAUCAGCACCACCUUCACACCAGCGGAUAAGCUGAAUGUCAUCCAGCAAACCUUUGAGGAGAUCACACAGGAGGUCCUGACUAUGCUGCAAGAGGACUUCCUCUGGUCCAUGGACGAUCUCUUCCCCGUCUUCCUGUAUGUGGUGCUUCGAGCAAGGAUCAGGAAUCUGGGCUCAGAGGUUCACCUGAUUGAAGAUCUGAUGGAUCCUUCAGUACAGCACGGAGAGCAGGGGAUCAUGUUCACUACACUGAAGGCCUGUUAUUAUCAAAUUCAACACGAGAAACUAACAUAGGACAAUACACCAAUCCCCCCAGAUCUCUCUCUCCUUCCCUCCCUCCCUCUGAUUCAAAAGCACCCUGAGCACCGUUUGGAUGGAUGGGCUGUGGCUGCAGACUGGGCCGAUUGAGACAAUCAUACACAGAUGCUAACUCUUCACCCUUGCAUGCACACCUCUCGCUCUCUCCCUCUCGCCCUUCUCUCUCUCUCUCUCUCUCACCCUUCUUUCUCUCUCUCUCGCCCUUCUCUCUCUCUCUCGCCCUUCUCUCUCUCUCUCGCCCUUCUCUCUCUUUCGCCCUUCUCUCUCUCUUUCUCUUUCGCCCUUCUCUCUCUCUCUCCCUCAUGCUCUUGUUCGUUUGCACUCUCACACGCUCACAUACUCACCUUCUCGUGCAUGGAUCCACGCUCCCAACAUGACAACAUUUGAUCUGCAGAGUUUUAAAUCGGAGCAUUUGAGGUUGUUGACUUUACAACUUGUUUUACUUGGAAUUUAUUUAAUGUGGUACUUCAUUGGAGAAUAAAGGAAAGUUGUUACUCUAGGAUAAGUCAUAUCCAGUGCACCAGAAUCUAGAAUUGAAGUGGUUGAUGGCAUUGUGUUUAUGUUACUGAUGGCGAAAUUAGCACAGAGAACUGUCCCAACACCUCGGUGGGGGGGGGACACGCAGUAUACUGUUACACUGAGUGUUAGUAGCUAGUGAUUCUCAGUCCCCUGGACCCCACACUUUUCACCUGCUGAGGAGUGAGGGGAGACCAAUACUCCCCACGAUACCUGCCCACUCUGGGAGCCCAAUGUCAUGACAAAUCGACUCAGCGUCUGUAUGAGACAGUGGCCAUGGUUGGAGGACUAUGCGCAGUUUGGGGCUCCACAUCAUAGGAAGGAUGUUGAGGCAUUAGUGAAGUAGCUUCACGGUGAAAUAGUAGAACUUGGAACAUUAGAACUGUUUUCAUGAGAAACAGAGAAUGCCCCAUCCCAGUCUGACAAUGUGGAUAGCGAUACUGUUUGCAGUGAUGGAGGGGCCUAGGAUGGAGGAGGUGGCCUAGAUAUAAAUAAAUGGCAGAGAUUUGGGACAGAGCGAAGCUUCGAACCCUUUCACACAGGCCUGUGGAAUUCACUAAGUGAAAUGAAGUGGGUGGGGGGCCUUUUCUACUCAUUCCCAUUGGUUUCUGCAGAGCAAAUUGUGGUUCCUUCUGUUUGAAUUAGUGAUUGACUUAUUUGGGAGCCUUUUCCUGCGAUUGUUUUUUGAUCUCUGCCCUUCACUUCUCCUCCAAGUAUGGAUAGGUAAAAAUGGGGGUGUUAAUGAUAUAGGAAGUUUAGAAAGUACAAUUGGUGAUUUUUGCCACUAAAGCAUCUCAGCCCCACGUUUUGUCCCUUUUUGUUUUACCCCCCUAAAACACACCUAUGCCUGUCUGGGCUUUGUUGCUUAAAGGGCUUUCCGAUUAAUUCCAGAUAUCAGUCCCCCUUCUCCCAGAAAAUUGACUCUCGUCAUGCUCCUUAUUUAUUCUAUUUCCUGACUGGAUUUUUUUAGUCACUUACACAAUCCUCAAACGCCCAUCUCCCCACGAUUAACUGUACAAAUCCACCUCACCAUCCCGAAAGCCCCUCUGCAGUAUUUGUCUGGAGUUUCCACCUUUUGCCUCGAUCUCAGUCUUGCCCACUUGUGUCUGCCCCACCCGCAUCCCCUCCAAAGGUCAGUAAUCUCCUUCCUGUGAUUGGAUACCUGAACCACUCCAAGUGGGCCUAGCCAUGCCUAAUGCAGCCAUUUUACACACUGGACGGAAACAGAAAUCUAAAAAUGAAACCAUAAAAUACUGGAAAUGUCGUGCUGCUUUCUCCCUGGGCUCAGCUGCGAUGAGAUGUCAGAGCGCUCUUGGGGCUGUGGGGGGGAGGGGGGGAGGAUGGUGUGGGGUUUAGCGCUGGCUCUCAGAUCUCCAUUGCCAAGUCAUCCAGUGGUCUCCCCCCCCCCCCCACUCCAGUUGGGGACCAAGAUGCCCAGUGUGUGUAAAAUGUGAAGAGGUGUGUGACAGGGUUAAUCCCCUUCCGAUAGGGAACAGGCUGCCCUGUGUGUGUGUGUGUGUGUGUGUGUGUUGUGUGUAUAUAUAUAUAGAGACGUGGGGAGAGAGCAGUGAGAAGGCCGACUCUCCCAUCCGAUAGGGAAUAGGUUGCCUGGUGUAUCUAAACAUAGACUGGCUCCUCCGAGAGAGCUGCUUCUGUGUUCUCCUGAUCCACACAGGCACGCUGAGUGGCGAUGGGAAAUGCUGGGUGAUUCUCUCUCCCUUUCCCUUUGUGUCCUACCAGUGAUAUCCGGGAGAGAUGUGGGGUUAUGGAACCUCCCGUUUGUUUAAGAAUAGGCCUAAGAGGGGACUGUGGAUGGGUUAUAGCAAACACCAGGCCCCUUGACCUGUUAAAACUCCCUGCACAGACUGCUCCUCCGUAUUUCAGAUGACCAGUCUCUCUCUGCUCAAGGUGUGUGGGGGACACACUUCAAUUCCUAAACCCGGUAAGUUUUCCUCCUCCAAUGCUUCCACUUCCCAACAAUUUUAAGAGUAAAUUCUACAAUCCUGUAA